AUGCGUCUGGACACGGAGGCACAGUACCGCCUGGCAGCGCUGCAAUCAGAGGCUGGCAGGAAGCUGCUGGUGCGAGUGGGGCGGGCACCCGAGGACCUGAGCUCCAUAGUCCUGGUCACACAAUCAGGGUUCUGGAUCAAAUCGGAGGCCAUUCUUCGCAUUGCACAGGGCCUGCCUCAGCCGACUGCCCUGGCAGCCACAGCCAUAAAGGCCCUGCCCAUCUUCAUACGUGACAAGGCAUAUGACGCCGUGGCUGGGAGCCGGUAUGCCCUGUUUGGACAGCCAGAUGCAUGCAGGCUUGACCAUCCAGGCUACCAAGACAGGUUCCUGCGGAAAUGA